AUGAAUUCUGAUCAUGCAACGAAUUUCGAGCUUCGAAUGGUUGCUGAGAUCCAUCUUUACUGGACUGUAUACGAGCACUUGAUUGGAGAGUCAAUAGACUUGCUCAAGUCGGUCGCGGCUUUGCAAGCAUGGAGAAAGAGGUGGGAGUUUGUGAUAGAGCAACCAAGAUCCCAAUUCCUAAUCAUGGGAUUCCAUUUCUCGAAUUUACUCUCAUACGAGCAUGCGUUGAAGUCAAAUGCUGAACGCGAUCAAGAAUCCAUAGUAUCGGAAAUGGUUCGCCAUUCAACAGCCAUCAUUCACUUGGCAAUGGACACAGUGGAUGACCGAACCCGGCAUUUGACGGAUCAUAUAUACCACAUGAUCACAUUUGCUGCGAUUGUGAUAUGUCGCUUGUUGAGCAGCUACGAAAACCAGCUAAGAUCUAAAUAUAACAUUAGAAGUUUAGACGGACUAAUUCAUAAUCUUGUUGAUUGGCUGCAGUGCAUUGGCUUGCCUUGUCAUGCUGCACAUACUCUCGGAAAUAUCAUUGCAAAGGUACAUCAAAAGUUACGCCCUCGCGUGGAGAUAGCUCCAGAGCCCCUGGAGGAUAUUCUGGACGAGGGGAUUGGUAAUUACUAUUUCCCUGAGUUCCUGGGCCUAGGUCCGUCAGCCGAUGGGCAUUGGGAUCUUCUUUCCGAUUUGGCUUUUUUCCAGCAAGGCUCUGCAGACCCUUGA